CGGCUGCCGCCAUUUUCACCGCCGUCGCGCUCGGGCCUUCACUCCGCGCUUAAAGGGGCCGCGCCGCCUCUUUACGUUUUUUUAUUCAGUUUUCCCAGCGCCUCCGCGCCGUCCGGGUGGGCCCGAGCCCCCCCGCCAGACUCCACCGCCGCCAUGAGGGAGAUCGUCCACAUCCAGGCGGGCCAAUGCGGCAACCAGAUCGGCGCCAAGUUCUGGGAGGUGAUCAGUGACGAGCACGGCAUCGACCCCACGGGCACCUACCAUGGGGACAGCGACCUGCAGCUGGACCGCAUCAGCGUCUACUACAAUGAGGCCACAGGGGGUAAAUACGUGCCCAGGGCCAUCCUGGUGGAUCUGGAGCCCGGCACGAUGGACUCUGUGCGCUCCGGCCCCUUCGGGCAGAUCUUCCGGCCUGACAACUUUGUCUUUGGCCAAAGCGGUGCUGGCAACAACUGGGCCAAGGGUCACUACACGGAGGGCGCCGAGCUGGUGGACUCGGUGCUGGACGUGGUGCGCAAGGAGGCCGAGAGCUGCGACUGCCUGCAGGGCUUCCAGCUGACCCACUCGCUGGGCGGGGGCACCGGCUCGGGCAUGGGCACGCUGCUCAUCUCCAAGAUCCGCGAGGAGUACCCCGACCGCAUCAUGAACACCUUCAGCGUGGUGCCGUCGCCCAAGGUGUCGGACACGGUGGUGGAGCCCUACAACGCCACGCUGUCCGUGCACCAGCUGGUGGAGAACACGGACGAGACCUACUGCAUCGACAACGAGGCGCUCUACGACAUCUGCUUCCGCACCCUCAAGCUGACCACGCCCACCUACGGCGACCUCAACCACCUGGUGUCGGCCACCAUGAGCGGCGUCACCACCUGCCUGCGCUUCCCCGGCCAGCUCAACGCCGACCUGCGCAAGCUGGCCGUCAACAUGGUGCCCUUCCCGCGGCUGCACUUCUUCAUGCCCGGCUUCGCGCCGCUGACCUCGCGGGGCAGCCAGCAGUACCGCGCCCUCACCGUGCCCGAGCUCACCCAGCAGGUCUUCGACGCCAAGAACAUGAUGGCCGCCUGCGACCCGCGGCACGGCCGCUACCUCACCGUGGCCGCCGUCUUCCGCGGGCGCAUGUCCAUGAAGGAGGUGGACGAGCAGAUGCUGAACGUGCAGAACAAGAACAGCUCCUACUUCGUGGAGUGGAUCCCCAACAACGUGAAGACGGCCGUGUGCGACAUCCCGCCGCGCGGCCUCAAGAUGGCCGUCACCUUCAUCGGCAACAGCACGGCCAUCCAGGAGCUCUUCAAGCGCAUCUCGGAGCAGUUCACGGCCAUGUUCCGGCGCAAGGCCUUCCUGCACUGGUACACGGGCGAGGGCAUGGACGAGAUGGAGUUCACCGAGGCCGAGAGCAACAUGAACGACCUCGUGUCCGAGUACCAGCAGUACCAGGACGCCACGGCCGAGGAGGAGGAGGAUUUCGGCGAGGAGGCCGAAGAAGAGGCCUGAGGGGUUUCCCCAGAGGUCCCAAUCCUUGGCAGUGUUGCUCCUCCCUUUCCCGGUGUGUUGUCCCAGAGAGGCGUCAACCGGUGGGCGGCGCCUUCGGUGUCAUCGUCAUUGUCCUUCAUCAUCGUCAGUGUUGGCCUUGGCCAUCGGCGGCGGCAGCAGCGGAGUCCCCACCCGACCUUCAGCGUUGUCCUCAUGGUCUUCAACCUUCAUCAUCGUCAUCCUGGAAGAGUCCCCGGCCUUCAGCGUUGUCCUCACGGUCCCCAGGCUUCACCAUCUUUGAAGAGCUCCUAAUCUUCAUCAUUGUUAUCAUGAAGAGUCCCCAAAUGUCAUCAUCAUCAUCAAUGAGUUCUUGGUCUUUGUCAUCCUUGAAGAGUCUCCAGUCUUGAUCAUGGUCAGAGCUCCCAACUUCUGUCCUCUUCAUCCUUGUAAAGUUCCCAAUUUUCAUCAGCAUUGAAGAGUUCCCAACCUUCAUCAUCAUCUUUGAAGAGUCCCCAGCCUUCAGCAUUGUCCUCACAGUCCCCAACCUUCAUCAUGGUCAUUCUUGAAGAGUCUCCAAUCCUGAUCAUGGUCAGAGCUUCCAAAUUCCCUCAUCAUUGAAGGAUUCUCAAGGUUCAUCAUUGUCAAGGAGCCUCCAGCCUUCAUCAUCCCUGAAGAGUCCCCAACCUUCAUCCUUGAAGAAUCCCAAGAGUUCAUAGUCAUCCUCCUCACAGAGCCUCCAGGAGCUCGUGGUCCUUGCAGAGUCUUCAAUCUUUAACAUCCUCAGCACUUGGUCUUCAUCAGGGCUGGUCAGUUGGCCUUGACCUUCAUUAUAAUCUCCAUCAUGGAAGAGCCUGCAAGAGCUCUUGACCUUCAGCCUCAUCCUGGAAGAGUUGCUGACCUUCAUCAUCAUCACCAUCACCUCCGCCCCUCCCCCGCUGCCACCACGGCCUCCUGUCCCCUCCCCCGCCCCACUCUGGCUCUCUUUUCCCAAAUUUUCUCAAAUUUUUUUAUAAUUUUUCCUAAGUUUUGAAUGUUUUUUCCUUUUUUUUUUGUCAUUUUCCCCCCUUUUUUAGUUCAUUUCCCUCUCAUUUAAGUCUCUCCUCAUUCUUCAUCAUUUUCAAACAAUUUUACUUGGUUUUGGUCAGUUUCCUCAAUUUUUAGUCGUCUUUUCCAAUUUUUGCUCUUUUUUCCCCUGUUUUUGCUCACUGUCUGCCCAAUUCCAUUCCUUUUUCCCAACUUUGGGGUCCUUUCUUCCAAUUUUUUGUUGAUUUUUUCCCCCUAUUUUUGCUCAGUCAGUUUUUGACCCAUUUUUCUCCAUUUUGGGUUCAUAUUCCUCAAUUUUUGUUCAUUUUUUCCUCAAUUUUUGUUCAUUUUUCCUCAUUUUUGUCAGUUUCUCCCCGAUUUUUAUUUGUUUUUCCCAUUUUUAUCCAUUUUUCCCAUUUCCCCUCAGUUUCUCCCUGAUUCCGUCGCCGUUCCCGGUGUCCGGUCGCUCUCUCCCAUUUUUGGAUGUUUUUGUUUUUUUUCCCGUUUCUUUUGUUUUUCAUAUUGAAAAGUCGCCCUCGGGUCCGGAAUAAACUCGGGAUGGAAAAGCCA